AUGCGAAGUCGUCAUCACUGCGGGUGCCAACUUCGGCAUUUAUGCGUCUUUGCUAGCGUUCUGCUCGAAGGACGACGAAACGUGCGGAACGUGACGUUCUGCGGCGGCAAGCCGGUUUAUGUCCCGCUCCGUCCGCCCCCGAGCGCCGGGAGCCAGAACGUGAGCAGCAAGGAAUCGACGCUCGACAUCGCCGAGCUCGAGGCCGCCUUGACUCCCAAUUCCAAAGUCAUAAUCACUACUACGCCGCAUAAUCCGGUCGGGAAAGUGUUCACGGUGGAUGAGCUGAAAGCGAUCGGGAAGAUCGCCCAGGGCCACAAUCUGCUGAUCAUAGCGGACGAAGUGCCGCACACCCGGAUCGCCUCGCUUUCGGCCCAGCUAUGGAGUCGGACGGUGUCGGUGGGCUCUGCGGGUAAGUCGUUCGCAGCGACGGACUGGCGGAUCGGCUGGUGUAUCGGCCCCGCCGCCCCCCUUCGUCCGCUCACCGCCGCGAUGACCCGGAUCACCUUCUGCGCCGUCAUUCCGCUCCAGGAAGCCCUCGCAGCCGGCUUCGCCGCCGCCGAAAAAGAACACUUCUUCGAGGCCCAGAGGGACCAAUACAUGGCUCGGAGAGACCUCCUCCUCGGCUUCCUCAACCAACUCGGACUGCCUUACACUGCAGUCUGUGUUCGUCUCAUCUCUUUUAACUUUGCUCUUUCUAACAAGAAACAAAGUUUAUUUCCUUUUCCCGAUAACAGGCCUGAUGGCUCGUACUUUGUGCUCGUCGAGACAUCCAAAGUCAAGAUCCCUCCGGAGUUUGAGAUCCUCGAACUGAUCAACUUGAAGAGUGCUCUAGACUUCUGA